AUGGAGGCGCGGGCGCGGGCGGAGACGGAUGCCAUCAUAUCUGCGGCCCCCGACCUCGUAAUUCAGUGCUGCCUGCCGCUGACGCUGCGCGAGACUCUGGCGCUGGCGCACCUCUGCAGCGAGGGGCGGCUGGAGCUGGGGCAGGCGGCGCGCGGCGCCCUGGUGGACGCGCUGGCGCAGGCGAACCUCAGCCAACACAUGCCCAGCCAGGCAGCCGCCUGCGCGGCGCUCGCGGCCGGCGCCGUGUUGCUGGCCGACCCCACGCUCGGCGCCUGGGGCGCGACGCUGCUGCAGGGCGCCGGCAGCAGCGGCGUGCUCGCGCAGGCAGAGCGCGCGGCAGAGCGGCGGGCAGCUGCGGCCGCGGCGGCCGCGGGCGCGGGAGCCACGGCGGGCGGUGACGAGGAAAUGCGGGACGCCGCGCAGCCGGCCUCGCCGGCUGCGAAAGCGGUGCCGCAGCCCGCGCGAGAUCGGCGCGCCGAAUCCGGGCCCCCGUCUCCGUCACCGCAGGCGCCGCCGCCGCCGCAGCAGCAGCACCGCCCGUGGGUGGAGCAAGCUCGCCUCGCCGCCGCCGGCCCCGCCGGCCCCGGCGGCCCCAGCGGCCCCAGCGGCCCCGGCGCGGCGGCGCGCGCGCUGGCGGACGACCUGUCCGACCUGUCCGCGUCGGUCCUGAGGCGCGUCGUGUCGUGGUUCCAGGGCGCGCCCCCGCACCGGGAGAGCGCAGAGGCCUCGGCGCGGCGGCUGCGGCGGCAGUCGCUGGCGCUCUCGCUGACCUGGCGCUGCCGGGGCCCGACGAGUGGCCCGCGCUGA